GCCAAAACGCCACCGUCAUCCACCCUCUCUCCGCACGAGUCCGCCAUGUCGAAGCGGAAGCACGAGUCGGAGCCGACGCGCUCUCCGGACCCGCGCGACCCGUUGAGGGACGCGCGCGGAGAGGACCAGGUUCUCCUCCUAGAUGGUGGUUUAGCUACCCACAUCGAGGAGUGUCAUGGCAAUUGAGCCGUUCGUCUUCGCCGUCGAAAUGCAAUUCGUGCCCGAAACGUGGUUGUGACCGAGGUGUCACCCCCAAAUCGAAACGCGCGACUGGCGAGCGAUCGCCACCAAUUGGCUGUGGGCUGUUAGAAGAAUAUAGCUAGCAGCUACCCGCAGUCAUACUCGGUGAUCCAUGCGAAAACUCCUUUGACCUGUUCCGAAUUGGCAGGACAAGAAGGUCACGAGGGUCUCAAGGGUCUCUGCAGGUCACUUUGAUCCGUGCGUGCGCUGGGGCGCGCUAAGAGGGUGUCGACGUUGCCGGCUGGUAUUCUGAGGCACAGAUCGAUGAGCCAAGGAUUCAUGGGCCUUGGGGGAUAAAGGAAACAACACUGGACCCAACCGUGAAAUAGAUGAUGUCAUUUUUGUGGCCUUCUUGUUGGUCCAGUGGUUUCACCACGACCAACAGGAUGUUUGGACUGGUCCAUGCCCCCGUGGAGUCUUCCGGGGUCUUCCGGUACAUGUCUUCAGCAUUUCGGGGUCGACUUGGUUCAGCCGCAUCAAGCCGCGAAAGGACACUUAAUUUUUUUCAAAACAGGGUGGUCCUCACUAGUGUAAGAUGGAUGACACCUUUAAAAGCGUUCAUAUGCAUUCAUCCUCUUAUUGACACAGUGUGUCAGUUCAACAGCUACACUUGCGGUGAAAGGCUUGGCGAGAAGAUCGACCACUCUUUAUGGUCAGCCUUGUGUCUCAUCAAGAACCCUUCGGUGAUCCGCCAGGCGCACGAGGACUUCUACGCCGCCGGCGCCCGGGUGGCGAUCACCGCGUCGUACCAGGCUCACCUCGAUGGCUUCCGAGAGCUGGGCGUGGAGGAGCCUGAGGCCCUCGCGGCCAUGAAGCGAUCGGUGCAGCUGGCGAGGGAAGUGGCGCCGCUGGGAGGCCUGGUGGCCGGCAGCUUGGGCGCCUAUGGCGCCUCGCUUCACAAUGGCGCGGAGUACACCGGCGAGUACCCAGGCAUGGACCGUGCCAAGCUGUUGGAGUGGCACCGCCCCCGGGCCUUGGCGCUGCGCGAGGCGCGCUGCGACCUCUUCGCCUGCGAAACGGUGCCUUGCUUGAUGGAGGCCGAAGCUUUAUCUCAGCUGGUUGCUGAACUGAAGCAUCCUGCCUGGAUCACCUUCUCCUGCAAGUCGCACACUCAAGUGUCCUCCGGCGAGCCGAUCGCCGACUGCGUCCGGGCCGUGGCGGAGAACCCUUGGAUCGUAGGAGCUGGCGUGAACUGCACGCAUCCCAAGUUCGUGAAGAGCUUGGUCGAGAUCUGCCGAGCUCAGCUGCCACCCGAGAAAAGUGUGGUGGUUUAUCCAAACAGUGGCGAGGUUUGGAAUGGCACCAGCCACAGCUGGGAGACUGGCACUGCCACAGCUGACAGCCAGUUUGUGGACAUGGCCCAAGAGUGGUACCGCUCGGGUGCCAGCUGCAUCGGCGGCUGCUGCCGGACCACGCCACGCACCAUCAAGGCAUUGGCCGCUGGCACCUUCACGAGGUGAGUGUGCGGGUACAUGGGAGGCCGCACCAUGCGCUGCUGCCGGCGCAAAGCAGAGGAAAAAGUGCGGGCGCGGAGUGGCUGACAGAGUGGACUAUCGGACAAACAUCUAUAUAUUGGUGUGGCGUGGUUCAAAGAGUCAAAAAGUCUCAAACAACGCAGGAGACCUUGACUUGGAAC